AGGAGGAGGAAGAAGAAGAAGAAGAAGAAGAGGAGGUUUCUCCCCAGGAGCCAUGUGAGGCCGUCCCUGGCAUGCUGGACGCGCACCUCGUGAGGCCGCGCGGCUGCGGCCAAUGGUUGCGUGGUUACCAUGGCCACCAAGAGAAAGGAGGAGGAGGGAGGAGGGGAAGGAGGAUCGACCGAAGAUUGUUGGGAAGGAGGGCAUCAAGCGCGAAGCGACCAACUCUGCCGAGGCCUUUGGCUCCCGACACGGAAUGGCACGCGCGCUGACUCGCCAUGCACUUACGAUUGAAGAAAGAAUGACACGGGCACUGUCGCUCGAUGCUCUUAUAUUCUGCGAAUUAAAUGCAUGCGUUGCCACUGCGACGCGAGGCCCGUCAGCGUGGCUGCGGGAAAGCGGAGCAGACAGGCAGAACCAGGGGGCUGCGUGGCCACUGCAGCUGGCCGCUGCCGCGUGGGACAAGGUGCACGCGCGCUGACUCAGCCAUUAACGAAGCGCGCUUCCGCGCGGACAUCCCCGUCCUUGUCCUGGGCCAGCCGCGAGAGCAGCUCCAGCGCCUUCCCGGCCACCUCAGGGCCGCCGGCCUCGGCCACGGCGCCGACGGCCCGCACGCGGCCUCGCGGACAGACCAAUCCUGGUCCUGGGCCAGCCGCGAGAGCAGCUCCAGCGCCUUCCCGGCCACCUCGGGGCCGCCGGCCUCGGCCACGGCGCCGAGCGGCCCGCACGC